AACUCACCUACCGGACUCAAAAUGAUAUAGUAUAAUCCAACAUCUACCGGACAGUAUGAAAUAAAGCAAGGUUUUAUGAAAUCCCCUGAAUCGAUAUCACUUAUCAAUAGUGUUUUUCUGCUACAAAAGCAAAACUAUAUAAGCUCUCAUGGCCUAUCCAAAUGGGCAAGUGGUCGCGAUGGAACACCAUAAAAUUGUUUUGAUUGGCGCUCUGCUGAUGGCAUCAGUAUUCCUAACAGAUGCCUGCAAGGGCACACCAGAUAGUGAUUGCGCCAAGGCCGUUCCCGAAAAGAUGGAAGUUAAGCAAUGCGAGGGUCCUUCGGUAUGCCAUUACACCGACAUACGAGCAGGCGGUAGACACAAGAAGCGUUUCAAGGGGAUGCACAAAGUCUGGUCUUAAAGAUCUGUGCACGACAUUAUGGCAACUAUCCGCCAUGUUUCCAACGGCUCAAAAGAUUUUUGAGUGCAAAACGUGUAAGGGCGAGAAGUGUAAUGUACAAGUUACUCCAUAAUCUUG